CUUCAACCUCCCCGCAUCGUUGCUACCGUCUUCUUCCUCCACUAGCCAUACAGGACUGGCCGUACAGCCUGGAUAUGUGGAGUCUGACACUCCGAACAUCGCCCGCGCGGAGCCUUCGCGUCCCAGGCCGAGCUCUCGCCAGCUCAUUCAGAGGACGUUCCAGUCCUCGUGGCCCCCGGAACUCCAUUCGGAGACCAGCGCCCAUCAGAAAAGAUGCCACGCCCUCACAGCAACCCGCACCUCACGCCCCAGACACACCUUCCGAUGCCCCCAACCCCCAAUACGACCCCUCCCAGAACACGCUUCUCGCCCCAGUCCACAUCCCCGAAGACCCUCAUGGCGUCAUAAAAGAGACCCAUCCCGCCACGGGGAUCCUGGCAAACUCGGGGCUGGUGGUGCAGCGGCAGCUGGAGCUUAUGAAUGUGAUGAUCGGCUUCGAACAGGCCAACAAAUAUGUGAUCAUGGAUGCCAACGGCAACCAUAUCGGCUACAUGGCGGAGCAGGAGAAGGGGAUGGGCAAUAUGAUGGCGCGGCAGUGGUUCCGUACACACCGCAGCUUCGUAACGCAUGUGUUCGACAAGCAUGAGAAUGAAGUGCUUCGGUUUCACCGUCCGUUCUCAUGGAUCAACUCCCGCAUCCGAGUGUACGACCCUCUUGAUGUGGCGACAGGUGCCCGUUCCUCGUCGACCGCUCUCCAAACCAACUCUGCUGGCACCCUUGUUCCGUCGGCAGGUGGCUCAAACGCCCGGGUCUCAUCAUUGGGAUUUGACGACAUGCGGGUCAUCGGAGAAACCCAGCAGCAAUGGGCCCCGCUGCGUCGCAAAUACAACAUGUUCACAUACCACCACUCGCCCAACCCCGCGACCGACAUGAACACCCAGAAACUACCUCUUGAUCGAACAGGCCUGUCCAAUGCGCAGCAGAUGCAGCUGGUCCAGACAUCCGAGGACGGCCAAAACCUUGGCGAAUACCACCAGUUCGCAUACGUGGAUGAGCCAUUCCUAUCCUGGGACUUUUCCCUACGCUCUGCCGAAAACCAGCUGAUCGGCUCCGUCAAUCGCAAUUUUGUUGGGUUUGCGCGCGAAUUUUUCACCGACACGGGUGUCUAUGCCCUGCGGAUGGACUCUGCCGCCCCCAGCGAACAGUUCCUCGACAAGAAGGCUGAGCUGGGGAUGACCCUGGACCAACGUGCCGUGAUGCUGGCGACCGCGGUGAGCAUCGAUUUCGACUACUUCAGUCGCCAUAGCGGCGCGGGUGGCUUCGGGUUCAUGCCUAUGUGGAUCCCUGGCUUCGGCGGCGAGGCAGCCGGGGGCGCUGCCGCUGGCGAGGCGGGCGCGGCGGGCGCGGUGGGAGAAGCCGGCGCAGGGGCAGUUGGCCGGGCUGGAGCUGCCGGUGGAAUGGCGGAUGGCGCAGGCGCUGCUGCAGCGGGUGCUGGAACAAUGGCCGGAUAUGAGGCCAUGUCUCGGGGACAGGGAGCAAGCAAGCCUGAUCAGAAGGACGGGGAGCCGUCAGAGUUUGGGAGCAAUCCUAAGGAUACGGAGGUCUGGGGGGAUGGGGCGGAGGAUCCAUCUGCUUUUGAAGAGGACCCGUGGGCAGAUGACGAAGGGGAUGGAGAUGACUAUGACUUCUUCUAGUGACUUGUAGGAUUACGCGGUCUGCAUAUAACUAACGGGAGUUGCCGCUUGUUCGUAAGACUUGACGGACCGAUUGUCAAUCAUGCAGGCAGGGAUGGUUCACAAUGCCCUAGUAUAGAUACCGUCUAAGGAUGUAUAGGAGCUGCUUGGGGGGUCUACGAGCCUUCCCUCUUUAUGUACUAUAUAGGCAGUCUAUUAUCGCUUCAGAUUUCCCCUUCACAUUCAGCCUAUGAGGUGGAACUCGAAGAACCAUGAGAACCAUGACGAUAGCAGCUGCCUGAGGCAGCGAUACGUGCCGGCCUCAACCGUCGGC